AUGAUUUUUCCCCUGCUCUUCUCAUUCACUCUGAUUCUGGCCGGCUGCGCGGCGCUCCCGGUCCAGGAGGAUAAUCCGCAGCCGUUUGAGGGGACUCUUCAAGCCCGAGAAAGCAGAGGUAACUUCAGCUCCUCACUGCGGGUUGACCUAGGCUAUGAGAUAUAUGAGGGAAUCUCGAACAGCACGUCUGGACUUAGCAUCUGGAGAGGUAUACGCUAUGCGGCGCCGGCUACAGGCACAAAUCGUUGGCAGGCACCGACGGCUCCAAAACAAAAUCGGUCUUCGGUCAUCAAGGCCGGCACCUUCGCGCCAAUCUGUCCGCAAGGACCCGAUGCCAGCACGUCUAUCCAGGCCGUCAAUCAAACCGGUGCAAAUGAAGACUGUCUUUUUUUGAAUGUCUACUCUCCAAGUAACGCCUCUGGCCCUCUCCCUGUUCUAGUCUGGAUACACGGUGGUGGAUAUGGAGCCGGGAACGGCAGGCAGGACCUGUCCUCCAUCAUCAAUGCGAAUAACAACAGCUUCGUGGGGGUUGCCAUCCAAUAUCGGCUUGCAGCCUUUGGCUUUCUAUCGUCUGAUGAAGUGUUCCGUAACGGUGUGGUGAAUGCAGGGAUUCUCGACCAGCACUUUGCCUUGAAGUGGGUCCACGAUUUUAUAGGACUCUUCGGGGGGAACGCUUCGCAGGUGACAAUCUCUGGAGAAAGCGCUGGUGGCGGAUCUGUCAUGCUUCAAGACAUGGCUUAUGGUGGAAGUCUGGGUUCAUCGUUAUUUGUCAAUACCAUUGCCGCCUCGCCUUAUCUGCCAAUGCAGUAUGGUUAUAAAGAUUGGAUCCCUUCUCAGGCGUACUAUGCGUUCGCAGCGCAAGCAGGCUGUGCACCUAGCUUGCCAUAUGGGGCUCAUUCACAGACAAUCUUCGAAUGUCUAGUGGCAAAAGACACAGAUACUUUGAUCAAUGCAAGUGCAACAAUAUCACAGUCUGGAAACUUCGGAACCUGGGCCUUUCUACCUGUUACGGACGGCGUCUUCGUCCAAGACCUUCCAAGUCAGCAGCUUUUACGCGGAGAAGUGAACGGCCAGAAUGCAUUGAUUGGCAACAAUGCCAACGAAGGGCCCCUUUUCACUCCCCAAAACAUCACUACGGAAGAAGAUCUGCUAGCUUGGUUGCAUCUAACGUUUCCACUAUUCACAAAUGACGAUAUCGCAAAGGUCUUGCUCUACUAUCCUAGCUCCAAUGCCUCAACCAAUUCGAGUUCCCCGUUGUAUGCAACGUCUGGCGAAGCCGGCCCAAGCGCGCUCAAUCAAAGCUCUGUGGGUACGGGACAGCAACAGAGAGCAGAUAAUAUCUAUGCCGAAACAACCUUCGUCUGCCCGGCUUACUGGAUGGCUAUUGCGUACAAUGACUACGGGAGGACUUCGUACAAAUACCAGUUCUCUGUCGAGCCGGCAUUGCACGGUGCGGAUGUCAGUGCAUACUUUGGCCCAGCACCCUCUAACAUCGGUCCGGACCUCGCUCUUGCAUUUAGACAAAUCUGGGGUCAAUUCGUAACCACCAACAAUCCCAGCAUCCCGUCGAACAUUGCAAAUGGUGCAUCCUCGAAUUCGUCGGCGACGUCCAACGAUGCCAGCAACUGGCCUCCAUUUUCUUUGUCCUCCCCAUAUCAAAUCAACCUGAACCAGACGGGAGGGACGCCUUUCUCGACAAGCAUCGUCCAGAUCGGACGUAACAUCACCGAGUACGGUAAUCCAGGCCUACAGAAUAACAUCACACUGGUCAAUGCUUGGACCUGGGAAGCGGGGAGAGGUGAUCGCUGUGAAUUCUGGCGUAGCAUGGGCUCGAUAGUGCCCGAGUAA